AUGUGUUUUUCUAGGCAAUCACAAUAUCCAGGACGAAAAAUCCUGCUGGCGAGUGGCUUUGCCACCUUCUCGUUCAUUGCCAACGCAUACAAUGACUCGACCCUCGCAGCUUCGUCAUAUGUCAAUUUUCUUGCAAAUGUCAAGUCUGCGAAUCUUGAGAACUUCAAGUCAACAUUCGGAAAGCGCGACAUGUUCGCACCACAGGACCCGCAUUCUUCUAUGACACAUGACGGGGACCAUUCGCUCAUUCGUCGCGUCUCGUGGCUUGCGCUCCAGAGUCCUGCUUCAUUCGAAUCCUAUGGAAGUCACGUAGACUUCGCUGGCGUAUACGUUGGCCUUUGGCUAUCAUCGGCGGUAUAUGCUUUGAAUAAUGGAGUCGCUGUUACUCCACCGAUGGGAUGGAACCCCUACAAUGCUUUCUUCUGCACCACCACGGAAGCUCAAUACAAAAGUGCGGCGCAAAGCUUGAUCAACUUGGGAUUGAGCACUUUGGGUUACAAAUAUGUCAAUCUUGACUGUGGCUGGCAAGGCAAAACGCGGAAUGCGACUGGUGGAUUUACAUGGGACACUACGCAAAUCCCUGAUGGGAUACCUGCUUUGGCAUCGUUUAUACACAACCUUGGGCUCAAGUUUGGAGUCUAUUCCGAUGGAGGAGUCUUCGCUUGCGACGCUGUCGGGGGAACAGCCCACUACCUCGGUAGUCUGGGACAUGAAACUUCAGAUGCACUCACGUUUGCAUCUUGGGGUGCAGAUUAUUUGAAGGCAAGUAAAGCUUUCGGACAUCUUACAUCAACCGCCGCCAUUGAACAAUUUAAUGUCCGUGAAGACCCCGCGAGAUGGCCUGCCAGUGACGUUGGCAAUUCUUGGAGAAUCUCGAAUGAUAUUGGACCUCCCGCGUCAUGGGAUAACCUGUUUAGGAUCAUAAACCAACUGGUGCCUAUCUCCCAAUUUGCACGUCCAGGGGCGUGGAACGAUUUGGAUAUGCUCGAAGUAGGCAAUUCUGGGCUCACGGCAGCCGAACAGCAGACACAUUUUGCCUUCUGGGCAGCAGCAAAAUCUCCCCUGAUUAUUUCGACGGAUCUCACUAACCCCUCUUCGCAAACCCUUGGUAUUCUGAAAAACACUAGGCUUAUUGCGGUGAACCAAGACCCACUUGGAGCGUCUAUCAAAUUCAUGCGUCGCUAUACGAACGACCAUGACGUUUGGGCAGGUCCCCUAGCUGACGGAUCAACUGUUGCCAUCGUCAUAAACUGGCAGAACGCUUCUAGGUCCCUUACUUUCAACCUUGCCGAUGCUGGGUUCUCCUCGGCCAGUGCGACGGACCUUAUCACCGGCGCAAGCCUCGGACAACUGACGGGAUCGUUCACGGCGACCGUGGCAGCCCACGGGUCUAUGGCGCUGAAACUGAGCAACGGGGUCCGCGCACCCGCUCCGCAAUUCACAUUCUACGCCGCGGCUGCGAGCACAAAUACACUUGCUGGCGGUGCGUCGACGCGGGUGGUCAACGGUUCGACGACGGUGGUGGGCUUCGUAGGCGAGGGCGGCACACUCACAUUCAACAACGUCGACGGGGGCGCGUCGGGCGGCACGAAGCUGCUCUCGUUCGAUUAUAUCAAUGGGGAUGUGACGUUCAACAACAACGCGUGCUCGAAUUGCCGUAAUGCGUUUGUGAGCGUCAACGGAGGCACGCCUGUUCAGGCACAGAUGCCCAUCUCGGCACAGAGCUGGGACAUCCUAUUCCAAGGCUACUUGCUCUCAAUGCCAGGUUUCAAGCCAGGUAAAGUGAACACGGUCCAGAUUUCCAACCCAUCGGCAUUCGCACCCGAUUUCUUCAGACUUGGUGUAGCGUGA